GGCCGUCCAUCCGUCUCACCGACUCAGUAGCCAGCCGUCGCGUUUCCAACUCGCAAACGCCAAAUAUGGUAGAGUGAUUCAGUGAUAUUAGACGGGGACCUUUUUUUUCCCUCCGAUUCACGGCCAGUUCGCCGCGCCGUUCAGCCGUUGCUUAAUAUUGCCUUCUCCCCCCGCAUCGCGCGGUUGAAACGACGUUCCGGUUAUCUUGUCCGUCUGUAAUAUUUAUUUGGUUUUAAGUAUUUAUUUAUUUAUUUUUUUUUUUGUCAACUCGCACACAUUAUAACAAUUUAUUACUAUAUAAAUAAUAUCGUCGUGUGAUUCCGUUGAUCGACGAUAUCACGCGAACUUUGAUACUUUUCAAAAUAAUAUAAUAUUAUUCUCAUCCGCUAGCGGACCGCUUUACACACCUCACGUCKCCGCCACACGCACACACUCACGGCUGACGCUAUACACAUACACUUGGCUGGACCGCCGGAGCUCCGUUAGCAGUUUCCGAGAUAACGCCGGGAAAAUAAUAUAUCAAAUAUUGUACAGAUUAUACUCGAGAGAAAUUCCCGUUGCAUGAGUCACCGAGAUGUCUUUUAAAGUAAGAAGUAGUAAGUUUCGUCAUGUUUAUGGCACAGCUCUAAAACGUGAAUAUUGUUAUGACAAUAUUCGAGUGUCCAAAUCUUCUUGGGAUUCCACAUUUUGUGCAGUGAAUCCAAAAUUUGUAGCCUGUAUUGUUGAAUCAGCUGGUGGAGGCGCUUUUAUUGUGUUACCUCUUUCAAAGUGUCCUCAUAACGAUAAUGUAAUUGCUAGCGGUUCUGAAGAUUGUGUGGUAAAAGUUUGGCAAAUUCCCGACGGUGGAAUUUCACGGACAUUGACUGAGUCAGUAGUAGAUUUAAUUUAUCAYCAAAGGAGAGUUGGUCUGGUUUUAUGGCACCCAACAGCUCGAAAUAUUUUAUUAUCUGCUGGAUCUGAUAAUCAAGUGGUAAUUUGGAAUGUUGGUGUUGGUGAACCACUUAUUCAUAUUGACUGUCAUCCAGAUAUCGUAUUUAGUGCUUCAUGGAAUUUUGACGGAUCACAAUUACUGACAACAUGUAAAGAUAAAAAGCUGAGGCUAAUUAAUCCAAGAAGUGGAGAAAUUCUGCAGGAAGCAAUAUGUCAUGAAGGUAGCAAAGCAUCUAGAGGUAUAUUUUUAAAAGGAGGCCUUAUAUUUACAACUGGUUUUAGUAAACUUUCUGAAAGACAGUAUUCAUUGAGAUCUCCUGAAAAACUAGAUGAUCCUAUUGUUAUGGUUGAAUUAGAUACAAGCAAUGGUGUCAUGUUUCCGCUGUAUGAUCCUGAUACUAGUAUGAUUUACUUGUGUGGCAAGGGGGAUAGUGUUAUUCGAUAUUUUGAAAUAACUGCAGAGCAUCCAUUUGUCCAUUACAUUAAUACGUUCCAAACACCGGAUCCUCAACGAGGAAUUGGUAUGAUGCCGAAACGUGGUUGUGAUGUAUCCAUUUGUGAAAUAUCAAAGUUUUAUCGUUUAAAUAAUUCUGGACUCUGUCAAGCAAUAAGCAUGACAGUUCCAAGAAAGUCAGAGUUAUUUCAAGAAGAUUUAUACCCAGAUACUAUUGGAGAUAUUCCUGCUAUAGAUGCUGAAGAUUGGUUUAAUGGUCAAGAUGCUGAACCUAUUCUCAUAUCAUUGAAAGAUUAUCAUCAGCCAACACGAUUACCUACUGCUUCUGAAAUGAAGGUUGCUAAAAAGCCAAAUAUAUUGGAUAAACCAUCAGCAAAUAAAACAGUCAAGUCCAGUUCAAACAGUACAACWGCACCACCAGUAGCUAAACCACAAUUUAAUCAGCCACAGCAAUCAAUUCCAGAUGAUAUUGUGAAAGAAUUUAAAGAGGAAAUUCGGAAGUUAAAAGCCAUGAUCGUCAAACAUGAAAACCGUAUUAGAGCUUUAGAAGCUCGUGCAGCUGAAGAUACUACUGAUGCAGCCAAAGAUAGUGGUGAUUCUCUUGUUCUAAAAAAUAAUGACCAAAAUGAUGUGGAAACCAAAGAUAAUGAUACAGAAUAUGUGGACACUAAUGACGAUGAUGACUAAUUGUAUGAUUUAACAAUAUUUUUUUAAACAAUUAUAAGG